AUUCCUAACAAUGAACAAUUCAGUGAGGAUGGUUCUGAUGUUUCUUGUUCUCAUUCUAGUAACCAAUGUCUCAGCUGCAUACAAUGCUUGCCCUAAAUGUGGAAGCGUUGAAGUUCCAUACCCACUUAGCACUGAUGAUAACUGUGGAGACUCUAGGUAUAGAGUCUACUGCAACAAUGGCAUUCUCGAGUUCUUGUCUGCAGGAGGUUUUUACUACAAGAUCCUCAGCAUCAACCCUAAUGCAUAUAAACUCAUUAUAAGCCCACCCUCAAUACAGGAAAACACAUGUUAUUCUUCUGAUUUCACUUCAGAAGGCUUAAGACUUGACGAGAACUUGCCGUUCAACAUCUCUACUCACAACACUGUGAUGCUGCUGAACUGCACUGCAGCCCUGCUUAGGUCUCCUCUCAACUGUUCCUCAAACAGCUUUUGUAGGCAGUUUGAGGAGAAGGUGGGGACUGGGUGUAUAAAUACCCUUUGCUGCCAUUUCUUGAAAGAUUCUUCCAUGACCUCACAUAUGAUUAGGGUCAGGGCUGGAGGGUGUACUGCUUAUACCUCGGUGGUGGAUUUGAAGCCUGGAACUUCUUUUGAUUCUUGGAACUAUGGCAUUGAGCUGCAAUGGAUACCCGCCAACUGA